AGGCUCAGAUUAAAACAAGAUAGCGGCCAUAGUGGCCACAGCGGCCUGGAGCGGUGGGGCUAGAGGUGAAAAGCAUAUUCCAUGUGUCUGAAAGAUAACCUGUGGUAGCUAUGACACUUGUAUCACUCAGUACCAAGAAAUUCUUUGUACUUCAUCAUUUGUGUCGUCAGUUUGCAUCAGUACCGCACAGGACAGCAAUGAGUGAAUCUGCCAACUUUCAAGCGAAGUGCAAAAAGAUUGGCGCUGUUGUCACAAGAGCUGGAACAGAAAAUGCAAGUACAAGCCCAGUUGUAGCUCUGCUUGGCUGGAACAGUGCACAAGAUAAACAUCUGGCAAAAUACAGCGAAAUCUUUGAACAAAAGGGUUUUGAUACUGUGAGAAUACCUGCUAACCCAUUUAACACUUUCAUGCGUUUGAACAGGGUCAAGGAAAUUAGCAUGGCAUUGUUGGAUAUACUUGUAGAAAUGAAAUCUCAGCAAAACCGACCAUUCAUCCUUUAUUCCUUUAGCAUGGGAGGAUUCAAUGUAUUUUACUUCUUAAAUCAAGCAAUAUCCACCCCAGGGCAGUGGCAUUUCAAUUCCAUUCAAGUCAUGGGAUGUAUAUUUGACAGCUGUCCUCACUUUCCAGGCAUGCACAGUCUGAAAGGAGUUCAGUCGACAAUAUUGGAAGUAAUCCCAAAUCCUCUAAUUAAGAUACCUGUGUGGGUUGGGUUAGCUGUGGCCUUUCCUCCAGUUUGGCUAUUCAAUCGAGAUAUAAAACAACUAAUACCGAGAACCAUAUCCUCACCCCUGGGAUGUCCAGAAUUAUUCUUGUUCUGUAAAACAGACCCCUUAGUCCCAGACAAGGAUGUCUGGGUGUUUAUUGAAGCACACAAGAAUAAAAACAUCAAAGUGUUUUCAAAGUGUUGGGAGAUAUCGGGUCAUGUACAACACUAUAAAAAUUACCCUGACGAAUACCUUAAACUAGUCAAUGAUUUUAUUGACUAUUGCUUAAAACAGCAUCUGACUUCAAGAGCAUCUAAGUUAUAAUAAUUAUCAUUACAAUGAAGACUUAUUUUAGCAGAAGACAUUGUCUUCUUGGCUUCUCGUCCUUUUGUAAGACAUCUUUUUUACCAUAUUAUGUUGUGAAUACUUUGCCUUGUUUGUACGAUUGUGUGAAACAGUUUCUGGUACACCUCACUCUCAACAUUCUGUUUGAGAAUUUUAUAGUCUCCAUAUGAACAUUGGCGUAAUUCCUUUCUUUAACACUCCAAUCCCCACCAGCACAAAGAUCUUUGAAAAAUCCCGUUGAUGCCCCUCUCAACAGAGAGAUUAGAAGCAGACUUACCAGUUUAUUUUUGUACCUAGCGAAAAUCGAUAAACAUCCAUAGUUGCAAUAAAUUUUGUUCAUUUAGAACUGUAAAGAUUAAUUUAGAGCUUUCCUUCUAGAGGAGUUAAGUUACAUUUAAGUUCAUUAUGUAUAUGUAAUAGUUCAGGCAUCGAUUUUCAAAAUAUUUACCAAUAUUUUUAUUGUUAUCUGUUUCUUGGUGUAUAAUUAUAUUUGUAAGAUUUUAAUAAAAGGUAAAGAAUAAAUAUAUAAAUUAUAUUUGUAAGAUUUUAGUAAGAAGUAAAGGAUAAAUAUAUAAAUUAUAUUUGUAAGCAGAAGUUAGGAAUAAAAGGCAUAUUAUUGGAAAA